UUGUAUUAUAAAGAAUCUGUUACCUGAAGUGUGUUGCAAGUUGGGUAACAAGCCUGUUCCUGCUCUUCAGUUAGUUAUUGUAGACGCUUCUUCUUUUGGUGGGAUCAGUAAACUGCUACUGAAAUGAACCUAAACUAGAUUUUUCAGAGUUCAUAACAUUUUUUAUUCCAACAAGUUUGAUUUGAGAGCUAAAAUAAAAUCAUUAUUAGGAGUCAUAUGUGAAGCAUGCACCAUGAUCUCAGCAGAUUUAACUUUUUACUCAGGAGGAACUUAAACUUUUUCUGUUUUCUGUCACCUUGAACCUGUAGGAUCCUGCCCCUGAUGAUGCAGGAUCACUUAAAGGUCAAAUAGUUUUGUCCCAGUGCUGCUCUGACCCUAUCCUGCACACACACACACUGAACACUUGUGACUUUUCAUCACACUUGUCUCUGCCGGCCCAUUUAACACAGGGAAGCCGCGUCACUUGCAUGAGGGUGAAGACCACUGGCUGAGAUGUUUUUCUAAUGUUCAUGUGGAGUCAUUGGUUGUCAUGUCAGGGUGUCGGGGCUCAGAUGCUGGGCAGAGGUCAUCCCACAGAGGAGCUCGAGUCUCAAAGGGACGACGUAGACGUUUACUGGCCGACGUUUAAAGCAUCAUUGCACCACCUUUGGACAGUGCAGACAAAAAGGGCCUCCAGGUGGGGGUCCAGCUACCUGCCAACGUGCAAACGGGGCCUCAGCAGCAGAGCCAGCUCCUCUUGACUCCAGCGAGCCUCCAGCUCGCUCAGCUCCAGGCUCAACUUACCCUCCAACGGCUCAAACUGGCUCAGGGAAGCAACGCGGCCGCUGCUGCCGGUGUUCUCAAUCAGUUUCUGUCCAAUGUCAACAUGUCCCAGCCGCUGUUAAAUCAGCUACGGACUUCAGCUAUGGUUGGAACUCCACAGAGUGCCUUUUCCACUGAGAUGAUGGGUUUCCCCUCCUCAAAUUCAGCCAUCGGAACCUUGACUGGAGGGGGAUUCAACCAAAACCCCGGGAAUGUGAGACUGAAUAAUCCCUGUGGAGCUGGCACAAAUGGUCAGCAGGUUGGAAAGUCGUAUCCUUCUGACACCGACAGAAGACUUCAGUACAACUUAGCUGGAGGGGCAUCAGCUGAAGGACAAUACACAAAUAACACAACCAGCGCUGGGUUUCCAAGAGAUUUCUAUGGGAAGGAUAUGCCGGGACAACCAGCUGGGUUUACUUCUAACGAGCAAAUCAAUGUUUGUAACUCAAAUGCACACAAAGAGCAAUGGAAAGGCCCUUCUAAUGUAACUCAAACUGGAAAUGUGGAUGUGAUUACCAAUCCUCCCACAAUGUGGACUAAAAGUGGACAGCCCAUUUGGCCCAGAACAGAUCUUUAUAACCCAGAAGAGCCAACCACUGAGUCCAAGAUAAAUUGUAGUGGUGGGAUAUCCGCUUUUGCUUCCAGAGGCAAUCAGGGAUUUGGAAACUACCAGCCGCUUCAUGGAAAUGAGGAAACCUUAUCUUCAGGUACCAGGACACUCCAGGCCCAUCAGGUCAAUGAUUAUUAUGGUGCUACACCCAUUCAGCUGCCUCACCAGUGUAGUAUCUGCGAGAAAAAGGUCUAUAAUCUCAAGGACUGGGACCAGCAUGUGAAAGGAAAACUACACCUGCAGAAUCGAACUUUGUACACAAGUGAACACUCAGCGGCGGCAUCAGCUGGAGUUGCUCAGUAUGCCGUCGGCGGCACACCCUCUGAUGGAGGCCUGAACCCAGCAGGAACCAACCCUAUGGUCUGCUCUGGUGUGACUCAAGACGCAUCUUCAGGAACCAAUGUGUCCUUCAUCCCAGCCGCUGCCAUGAAGACUUAUCCAGUGUCAGACGCAGCAUUUACCUCCCACCAGCUGGAGUCAAAGCCAUUUUCAUCCAGAAAAUCCUCAACGGGACGCGUUGUUCACAUCUGCAACCUUCCAGAAGGCAGCUGCACAGAGAAUGAUGUCAUCAACCUGGGAUUACCCUUCGGGAAAGUCACCAACUACAUCCUGAUGCGCUCAACUCAUCAGGCCUUUCUGGAGAUGGCGUACGUGGAAGCAGCACACGCCAUGGUUCAAUACUACCAACUGAGCCCGGCUACCAUUAACAAUGAGAAACUCCUCAUACGGAUGUCGAAGAGGUACAAGGAGCUGCAGCUGAAGAAACCAGGAAAAGAUGUCGAGUCUAUAAUCCAUGAUAUCGCCUCUCAAAAAGAAAGGGAGAAGGUACAAGAGCCUGAACAUUACACGCCAGAGAGAGCCCGCUCCCGUAGUCCCAUCAGACAGUCUCUGAGUCCUCACUCCCACAGUCCCAGUUUUACCUCCUGCAGCUCAGCCCACAGCCCUCAGGGAGCAGCAUUCAGGGGUCCAGACAGAGGAACCAAUGGGAUGAGUCCUCACAGAGGCUCAUGGGAUUGGCCUUCGCAUCAGAGGAGAGGUGAGGACGAAAGGGAGCGGGAUGCUCCUUGGAGGAAUGGAGGUACCGUGGAUGACAAUCGGCCUAAUGGACGGCCAGCUGACCGCCGUAAGAGCUACCAGAAACACUCAGGUCAUCUCAGCUUGAGAUCGUCAGAUGAACGAGGAGGCUGUGAUGGCACGAGGAGCAGCAGAGACUGGCACCUGCGAGACAGCCCCAAAGGUUUCUCCUUCAACUCCUACAGGAACAUGGAAGACGACUUCUACACGGAACAUGCGUACAAGUCGGACAAGCUGCUCAGAAGCUCCCACCAGAGACACGAGGUCAAGUCACGGAGGAGGGAUGCAGGGGAUUACCACGCUAGGUCCAGACAUUGUGAGUUUGAGAAAAGUGAGGAGCUGUUGGGCAGACCGGCAGAAGAGAGGAGGCAAAGCUCCCCGAGCAGAGACAGGAGCAGAAACACAAGCAGGAGACACGCAGCUGCAGAGAAACAUGAGAGAGAAAACAUUACUGAACCUGCUAAUUGCCUGUCAAAGGAAAAAUCUGAUUCACCUCAGUGGAGCCAAAAGCCUAAAGAGGAAUGUCACAAAGACACUGAGGAGAAGGCAGAGAACGAAGACACGGAUGAGGAGUGCUGGUAUCCCAAGAAUAUGGAGGAACUGGUCACUGUGGAUGAAGUGGGAGGAGAAGAUGACUCCAUUAUUGAGCCGGACCUCUCUGAGCUUGAGGAGUUUGCAUCCAGCCCCAAAGAGUCUGCAGCUGAAGGCGCAAAAGACAAGCAGGAUGCAUCAUUAACGGCAUCCUUGGAAGAGAAGAAGACAUCUGAGGAGACGUCUGAGCAGGAGAAAUCCAGUGGGGAUGCAGGAGGCCAAGCGUCAACAUUUACAGCUGAUAAAACAGACGAUCAGAUACCUGAAUCCAACACUGAGGAGGAGAAAUUGCAUCCAGUAGAUUCUGAGUGUUCCACCUCCAACCUUGGUGGCUUCCCCAGUGAGGAGUUCAUGGAGACACACCUGGAAAACUGCAAUCAGCCUUCUGAAGAACCAGCAGAAGACCAUGUUGGUUUAUCAGGAGAAAACAACACCCAAGAAGAAAAAGCAGCAGAAACGAUCCACAAUGGAGUUGAAUCAAAGGUCUGCGGUCUAAAAACAGAGAUUGAAGCUCCAUCACCAUCUCUGGAGCAAGACAAAGCUGUCAGUGAACACAGCAUCCCAUUGGGAGUGGAGUUUAUUGUGCCAAAAGCGGGGUUCUACUGCAAACUCUGUGGACUGUUCUACACCAGUGAGGACACGGCCAAAGCCACUCACUGCCGCAGCACCGUCCACUACAGAAACCUGCAGAAAUAUCUGUCCCAGCUGGCAGAAGAGAGUCUGAUGGGUGUGUUUGCUGAACCCUCUGCUGCUCAGUGACACCAGCUUUCACCUCUGGCACCAAAGGAAGGAUCUGUGCAAGUGUAUGUAAAACUCCGGAAAACGGAAAAUGUGACGAAUGGAAGCUUGAAGUUGUGGAGAACUACUUGGAUUUUGUUCAGGGGGAAUGCCAAGAGGUCUUGAAUUGUUCUGUUUUGUACAUACUUGAAGUAAAAUGUAUAGCAAGAUUGAGUUAUUUAACAGCUUUUUAAAUUCUAUCUUCACUAAAUUAUUUUAUGGAAUUCAGUGAGAAAAAAUAUUUAUAAGUUUUUAAGAGAACAUUUUUAAUUUCAUUUGAACCAAUUUGAACUGAAAUAAAAAUUGCACUGUUGUAUUUUAAAUUAAAAGUGAAAUACGUGUUUAUUAUUAUAUAGAGUAAAUGCAAAGAGCUGCUGCAGUACAACUGAUAAAAACAGCCUACUUUGGCCAACAUGUUUUGUAUACCUUUUUUUUAGAGUAUGCAGCACGAACCCAACCGAAUGUUGCAAUAUGAGUUUUGCACAAAAAAACGUGCAACAUCUUAAUACACAUGUAAAAUAGCAUUGUGCUCUGGGUUUGCCCCUACCUGUAGUUGGUAUUGUAUUUAUAGAUUGUUGUCUGGGUGAACACCAGUGUGUUAGCUUGUUACUGAGUUAAAUUUACUCAAGGGGUUUCUCCACCAAACCCAGAGCUUACAUUCUGUUUCCAACACCUAGAACUCUAGCUCUGGCAUCAAAAGUCCUGUCGUCUCAAAACCAUUACUUAGGAGAUGAACAACUGAUGAUUGCUUAAAGCUGCUAUAACAAAUCUGCAAACAAGCUAGUUUUUGAACGCAAACACGGUCACGAAACACUCACCCCUCCUGUUGGGUAUCUUCCCUGAGAUGCUUCUGUCGGAACCAGAAACCUGCAAUUCCAGAGGAAAUGAGAUGGUGCUAAACACCAGUCGUCAUUUUCUAGGUCUGAACAUCUUUUGUUGUCUGUGACUUCAAAUGGUGUUUUUUUUUUUUUUGGGACUCUGGUAGUUUGUCCUAAAGCUGAAGUGGUAGCAGUCGGCUGUUUCUCCUUCUCUAAUGUAAUUGAGCCGUGAACCUCCCACACCAAUGGUGUUGUGUUGCUAAAUACGUGAGUGCGUAAUGAAGAGGACCCAAGGAAGUGUGCUAGACCGACAACCGGAUGGUCCAAUAGUUGCUUUCAGUCUGAAACAUAUUGGCAGAGGUUUAUAGACGAAUGCAAGAGAACCAGUUUAUUCAAUUAUUUCAUUUUGUUAUCUCCACAAUAUAUUAUAGCUAUACUAUAUUAGAACAUUGUUAAGAAGAUGCUUUUUUACAAACAGGAACACAGUUAAAGCAGGUCAGGACAGUUCCCACAGCUGUCUUCAAAGAUGUUUUUAAUUAAUUCAAAAGCAUGAUUUGAAACACUGUUUAUAAAUCUCGUCAGCUCUUUUGAUCUAUGGUGUUUAUAGAUCCUACUUAAAGGUGUUCUAGAAUUCAAAUAUGUAUUUACCUUGCUGUUGUUGAAUAUAAGCAGCUUGGGCUGUCCAAAAAGUCUGUGCUGUUUCUGACCUGCUUUCCUAAAACUAAUAAUUUUGUAAUGGCCUCGGAGAAAUGUUCCUUCUAAGAAAAGUUGCGAUAAUGCAUCACUUGCAUAGACCCCCCCCCCCCCCCCACACACACACACACACACACACACGCCACACACCCCCACACCCCACCCCCGAAGCAUGCAUGUCCCAACCUACUUCAGCAUUAGCGAUAUAUAAAGUUGGUGGCAAUAAAGCUAACCACCUGAGCUACUGCAAAGUCCUUAUUUGACAAGAGGAAAACAGCAAAGAAGAAUGUUGGAGCACGUUGUAACGUUCCAAGGUGUACUGGGAAUAUUCUGAAAACACGGCUGCACUCAGAGUAUAGCCUCAGGUAGCGUCAUAAAGCAGUUGGAGUAAACCGGACAAUCAGCUUUUGUAACAUUCAUGUCCUGUGUUUCCAUUGAAGGGCUUUAUUAUGGGGUUGUGUUUUGCGAUUUCUUAGGGCUUUUGGGCCGUUUUCAGCCCCAACAAUAUUUCAUAUAGAGGCUCAAAGACCAGUUUUCAUACAUGAAAAAAAUGUAUGCUAAAACCCUUGCAAAGCAUCAGGCUGUUCUGUUCCAACAGAGUUUAAUAAAUAGCAAUCACAGAUUGAUAAAGAGUGUUCAUGUACAGAGAAUGUUGUUUAAAAUGUUGUUUAUUAAAUAGACAGCAACGGAAGUUGUGUUGGGCCAGUUGUAGUAGCAUUGGAACCUCUGAUGGAAAAUUACUUUUACAGAGUAUUGCUGAUAUACAUUAGCAAACUUACUUCAGUACUUUUUUGUAAUGUCAUCAGAGAUCCAAGUAGUUGUGAAGAUAAUGUCUGUACUUGUUAAAAAAAACAUCAGAUAAAUCCAAGUGCAUGGCUCGAAUAACAUUUUGAAAUGGUUAGGGUUAAGUUUUAAAUAAUCAUUUGGCUUUUAUUCAAAAUGAAAGUGCAAAAUUAAUAGUUUCAAAGACUUGAACAAGAAAGAGAAUAAAUAAGAUUUGCAAUAAAUGUUUACUGAUAACGAUUUGAUGUUUGUGACAUUUUUCCUUUUUUGUUUACUUAAGUGAAAACUUUGUCAAAAUGACUAAAAUUAUUUCUUAAUUAUGUUGUGUUUUGUUGCAGCCUGAGCUCUUGAGAGAAUUGUAUUUUCUUAGUUAAAAAAACACAUUCUCAGGUUUGUUGCUGAAAUAUAUCUCAUUGUGAAAAUGACGUUUAUAACAUAUGUGUAACUGUGACUUUAAGGCUCCUGUUGUUUUUAAUUAUCUUGAUGAUUGUGAUUUUAAAUAUUUCUCUGCCAGGAUUAAAAAUUUGCUUUCAUGUGAAAAUGGAAAAAAAAUAUUACUCUUUAGAAUUUUUUUUUUGGACUGAAGAUUAUCCCAGCCUUAUGUGUCAUCUUGUUGGACACAUUUCAUACCCUAAAGGCCUUAAACUGGACCACUAUGUUAAACAUGACAAGUUUCAUGUCACAGUAAUCUGUUACAAGAGCAUCAGGUCAGAUUAUGGUUUUACUGUGAAUCCUGAUCCUGUGAAAUUAUGUUGAAAUAAACCUUGAUGAAGUAUCAUA